AUGAGGCCGGGAAUUGGAAGCCUCUCUGUGGCCCCAACGGGCGCCGCCGGCGGCAGCUUCUUGCGGUGGAGCUCGCCGCUUCCUUACCUCUUCGGCGGUCUGGCCGCUGCGAUGGGCCUCAUAGCUGUGGCGCUGAUCAUUCUCGUGUGCUGCAACCGCAAGUCCUCCUCAGUCGUCGCCGGCCGCAGGGGCACCGCCGCCGAGGAGAAGCCAUCGCCGCCGCCGCUCGACGCUGAGCCAAGGGUUUUGGUCAUCAUGGCCGGCGACGCCGUUCCCAGCUUCCUGGCGAAAGUCAUCCCCUUGAAGAACCCGGCACCUCCGAUUUGA